AUGCAAGGCUCCUCACAUCAAGUGAUCCCUAUCUUUAAUGGGGAGAAGUAUGACUUCUGGAGCAUUAAGAUGACAACCAUUCUCAAGACCAGGAAGCUAUGGUCUGUGGUUGAAGAAGGAGUACCGGUCGAACCGGCAGCAGUGGAAGAAACCCCUGAAACCGCUAGGGCAAAAACCCUUAGAGAAGAAGCGUCGACAAACGAUACGGUGGCAUUGCAAAUUCUGCAAACUGCCGUAACGGAUCAAAUAUUCUCACGAAUUGCAGCGGCAACAUCGUCAAAGGAGGCUUGGGAUGCAUUGAAGGAUGAAUAUCAAGGAUCUCCUCAAGUUCGUUUGGUCAAACUUCAAACGUUGCGUCGAGAAUACGAAAACCUAAAAAUGUACGAUGGAGAAGACGUCAAAACAUUCACCGACAAGUUGGUUGAUUUGGAGAAUCAAUUAACCUAUCAUGGAGAGAAGAAAACAAGCGCACAACUCAUUCAGAAGAUACUCAUCUCUCUCCCGGCCAAAUUCGAUAGCAUUGUUAGCGUUGUGGAGCAAACUCGCGACUUGACUCUACUAACAAUGACAGAGCUUAUCGGCAUUCUCAAGGCACAUGAGGCAAGGAUGGCUGCAAGAGAUGAAAACAAAAAUGAAGGGGCGUUCUAUUGA